UGCGAUCCAUUCAUAUGUCCCGAAAAUGAAGAUGGCCGGAUAAGGUGAUAAGCCCACGUGGCACCAGUAGUGAUCCUCUUCUUCCCUCCCAAUCCAAACUUCAUCAACUAGUCUCACAAAAAAGGAGGUGGGGGAAAAACCCCAGAUCCAAAAAGGAUCAAAGCUGAUCAAAAUCCAUAUAUCCACCGUUUAGAUAGAGUGAAGAGAACAUCUGCAGAGGAUAGAAGAAGAAGGAGAAGAAGAUGCAGGUAUCAUCAUGCUUAGUAACAUCACCCCCUUGCUGCAGGUGCAGCAAGCUACCCUCGGCACCACCAACAGCAGCGAAGCCUUCCGUCGUCGCCUGCGCUGCGCAGACGGAUGUCCCUAGCUCUACUGCUCUGCGUCUGCCUCCAGCCGUAGACAGCUGGUGGUCUCCUCAUUCUGACAUCGACAGCGGCGGUGCUGCUGCCGGCAUCAGCCGCAUGGCAGCGAAGACGUACGUGCAGGACACAAGCGACGUAAUCCAAAAGCUGCGAACUACGAUAGGCAUGGAGAAGGCUGAUCCGAAUGUGGCCACGGCGGUGGCGGAGCUGAGAGAUGCAUCAAACUCCUGGGUGGCGAAAUACAGGAGGGAGAAGGCGCUGCUCGGCCGGCCCUCGUUCAGAGACAUGUACUCGGCGCUCAAUGCUGUGUCGGGUCAUUACAUUAGCUUUGGUCCGACGGCGCCUAUUCCGGCUAAGCGUAAGGCGAGGAUUCUUGAGGAGGUUGACACGGCCGAAAAGGCUUUGCUGAGGGGUAGAUAAAUGCGUUGAUAUACAUUUGCUUCGGUCUCCACUGUACCUGUUAAUUUACUCAUGUUUGAUUUCUGCUUUUAUGCAUUCGAUUGGAUGUGGCAUGCAUGCGUGUAUUUCGAGUCAUCGUUCGUUCGUGAAGUUUUCCUGUUCCUCGGUGUAGAACGAUUAUGUUUCUCUUUUUUGUAAAAUUUUAUGAGACCUAGCUAAUCUAAUCGAACGACCAAGAUGGAUUUUGUA